CGUAUAGCAUUUCUAGUUCGUAUUUCUUUACAAAAGGGAUUUCCUUCACAAUUUAUUUACUUGUAAGCACAACAAAGAUUGCAACCUUGAAGAACUUCAGACCAUGACUAUGAUGCCUAAAAUUAAAAGUUCCUAUUAACGAAUCCUUCUUUUCUUACGGAACACGCAACGACCCACUAGUUUAGAUUGCAAAAAUAAAAACUAUGUUUAAAGGCAUUGGGUCUUCCUGAAUAUCGAUUUCUGCUUAAAUCCUGACUCAAGUUUAUGCUAUCACCGCGAACGUGAAAGAUGCCAUGGGGGUUCAAACGCCGCAUAAUGUUGGCAUUGAAUACAGCAGUCUCGACGCCGUGACUUCUUGUCCUAAAGCCUAGCGAAAAGUCGUUUUCUUCUAUGGCUAAAUGCGAAGUAGCCCAUUUCAACCAAAUGAUUCCAUUCCAGGAACGAAAAAAUAAAAAGCAAAGCCUCUGUUGAAACGGGUAGAUUUCUAAAUGGAUCCAAGCUUCGGUAUUUAAUCCUUCACCACAGGCUUGGCGAUUGGCAAAGGGUAAUAUUGGAUCCUGUACUCAUUCGCAGCAAAAAGCCCGACUCCUUGGAGGUGGUCAUGUUUAUAAAACACAACGACUCAAAGUACAUCCUCGGAUAACAUUCAAAUCAUGAUUUGAGGGUUCAUCGCCGUAUUCCCAAUUGCGGCAUGAAAAUAUGGACGAUCGGCCUGACUCUUUUGGAACACCAACCACUCAAAAGAUACGGGAUGAAUAGUACGUUUCUAAACGAAUUACCUCCCCUCUAAAAAUGGGGUAGACUUCAGAAUCCUAUAAAGAAGUGUGAGGUCUAACGAUUAUAAACUGAAUAAUGAUAAUGCUUUGGGCCAACAUAGCCAUGAAAACGAAGUUUUAUUGAAUAAUUUUUUUUACUAGCUUGUGUCACGGACUUUAAUUUACUUUUUGUAUUCAUUAAAUCUAUUGAAACCUACUUUUAAUCUAUACGUUUUGUUCUAUAUGGCGUCAUCUUUUCCUGACCUGUUCAUUCAAAAAUGGCUGUGGACAAUUUCAGAGACAAAAUCACCUGCAUCCCAGUAGUCUUUCUAAUUCUCUGCGUGGAUUUUGUUUUCCCGGAUCUCCACCCUGUAAACUCGUAAUUAGAAAACAGUUUAUCACCUCGGUAUCAUUUCUCAUAUUGUACUUUUUUCCUCUUCUAUGUUGCCCUAAUUGAUAUUGACAUCUCUCCUGUUCGAUUGAAAAACACACUUUUAUAGCGCAGAUAUUUAAUUUGAAAUAUUUUCAGAUCACCCUAUCGAAUUCCUUCAUAUUAUUGGUAAUUAGCCCUUAUAACUAUUGACCAGCUUUUCUACAUUUGGUUGAUUAUUUUGCAUUUUACGUGGAAUUGAAAAGGAAAAAAAGAAAAACACAAUGACGGAAAUCAUUAAGUGGCAAAACAGUGCGAUUCAGGAUGAAAUCGUCCCCAAACGAAGCACCGCCGAGUUUCAACUCCCAGACAACCUCCACGACUUGGUGUUUAUGGCCAAACUCACCGAGGAGGCGGAACGGUAUGAUGAGAUGGUGCUUUGUAUGCGCAAAGUGGUCAAACUAAACAACGAACUCGAUACGGAGCAGCGCAAUCUCUUGUCCGUGGCGUACAAAAACGUAAUCGGCCCUCGCCGCAAUGCCUGGCGAGUGAUUUCCUCCAUCGAAAGCCGUGAAUUGGCGAACGAGGAUAGCGAGAAUACCGCGCUGAUUGUCAACCUACGAAGGCAAUUUGCACCCGAAUUGGCUGCCGUGUGUGAGGACCUGCUUGGUCUUCUCGAUACCUACCUCAUUCCCGCCGCCCAAGGAGGGGAGGCGAAGGUCUUUUACCUCAAAAUGAAAGGGGAUUAUCAUCGCUAUUACGCCGAGGUCUCCUCGGAUGAAACCCAGCGCCAUGCCGCGCUGGAGGCCUAUAAAAAAGCCACCGAGGUGGCCAACUCCUCGCUUUCCCCGACCCAUCCCAUCCGUCUUGGCCUUGCGUUGAAUUUUUCCGUCUUUUACUACGAAAUUAUGAAAGAACACGAAAAAGGAUUUCAGCUCGCCCGUCAGGCCUAUGACGAGGCCGUGACGGAGGUGGAAGUUCUGGACGAGGAGGCCUACCGGGAAUCCACCCUCAUCGUGCGGCUUCUUCGCGAUAAUUUAAACCUGUGGGCCGAUGAGCAGCCUUAA